AUGUUCAAGCUCGCCAGAAGCCGGCCUCUGGCCUCCGCGCUCAGAGCAGCUACGAGAACACCCCUCAAGAGCUCUGUCGCUCAGCAGGCUCGAUGGCUGUCGAUACAUGAGUUCCGCUCUGCCAAGCUUCUCGAAUCAUACGGCAUUGGCGUACCUCCGGGCGAGGUUGCCUAUUCACCAUCGGAGGCAGAGGCUGUCGCGAAGAAGAUCGGGGGACCCGAGCACGAUGACAUGGUUAUCAAGGCGCAGGUGUUGGCAGGAGGCAGAGGAAAGGGCACGUUCGACAACGGCUUCAAGGGCGGUGUCAGGGUGAUCUACUCUCCCACCGAAGCUAGAAUCCUCGCAGAGCAGAUGAUCGGCCACAAGCUCAUCACCAAGCAAACCGGAGCCGCAGGACGAAUGUGCAACGCCGUCUUCAUCGUUCAGCGGAAAUUCGCCAGGCGCGAGUUCUAUCUUGCCAUUCUCAUGGACCGACAAUCGCAGGGCCCAGUCAUCGUUGCUUCAUCCCAAGGUGGCAUGGACAUUGAGACAGUCGCCAAAGAGAACCCGGACGCCAUCAUCACAACUCCAAUCAACAUCCACAAGGGCGUCACGGAUGAGAUUGCAACCAACAUCGCUACGGAGCUCGGCUUCUCGGACCAGUGCAUCAACGACGCCAAGGACACGAUUCAGAAGCUGUAUAAGGUCUUCAUGGAGCGCGACGCUACCCAGAUCGAGAUCAACCCGCUCUCCGAGACCACCGACCACCAGGUCCUCUGCAUGGACGCCAAGCUCAACUUCGAUGACAACGCUGAUUUCAGGCAAAAGGAGGUCUUCUCAUGGAGGGACACCACGCAGGAAGAUCCCGACGAGGUCAAGGCCGCAGAAGUCGGCCUCAACUUUAUCAAGCUGGACGGCGACAUCGGGUGUUUGGUCAACGGCGCUGGUCUUGCCAUGGCGACCAUGGACAUCAUCAAGCUGAACGGCGGGCAGCCGGCGAACUUCUUGGAUGUUGGCGGUGGUGCCACCCCUGAGGCCAUCAAACAGGCGUUCGACCUCAUCACAGCUGACCCCAAGGUUACGGCUAUCUUCGUGAACAUCUUUGGUGGCAUUGUGCGAUGUGACGCUAUUGCGAAGGGGCUCAUCGCCGUCGUGGAGAGCAUGAACUUGAGGACGCCGGUUAUUGCGAGGUUACAGGGCACGAACAUGGAAAUGGCACACAAGCUGAUUAAUGAGUCCGGCUUGAAGAUCUUCUCGAUUGACGACCUGCAAAGCGCGGCAGAGAAGUCGGUGCAGUUCUCGAAGGUUGUGAAGAUGGCGCGAGACAUCGAUGUUGGGGUCGAGUUCACGCUUGGUAUUUAG